CUUAUCCAUUAGGCCACGCGGCCUGUUAUCAGACAUGGUGUCUAACUGGCUUAUGACAGCGUCCCUCCUCUGUGUUUACAGAAGUCGUUCAUAUACUCUGUUACACGUGGGGCUUCACGAUUUAACUCGCGUUACUUAUCAACCGCAGUAAAGCUCCCGCGACUUUCUCCGAAAUCAAUCACGAUGCCUGGCCGGCUCUCAGUCUGCCCGCCUCCCCUCGCCUUGGCUGGGGCACACAUAAAUCGAGUCCCCGGCUUUUAGGCCGCAGCGGUGACUGGAGCCACAUUUUUUCUAGCUGUGCAGUACUAGUGAGGGGCAAUUAUUAUUCACACAUCACAGGCACUCAGUGGAAGGUAAUAUAUUAAAAUAAUGAAAAUAAAUAUCUGCCUUAGCCAUUACUGCAGGAUGUGACCUUCUUACCACAUGGAGUGAUCAUGGUAAAUAGAAGAUUUAAUAGAGGAAUACUCCAUUUAGUUAGAUUUUACCAAAGAUUAAAUAUCUUCUAAUAUUUAACAAUUUAUUUAAGUAACAAUACUAUUUAAGUAUUGUGCAUUAACAAAAAUGUUUUACUAUAUUUUGUCUUAAGUAUUCAAGCUACUCAUCAAAGAUUAUGUGCUAUAAUGUUACACAAUUUUAUUUUUUUUAAAUCAUAAUUUGGGUUUAUUUACUAGAUUCACAAUUGUAGGGAAUUACAGUGCCAGUGGAAAAUUCAGGCUACAUACUGGAGUUUAGGUAAUAAACUAAUAGACGGGGUUUAUGCACUAAACACCGAAUAGCAUUGAAUUAAAAUCAAACUUCAUAAAUUAGUUUGUCUCUAAGACUAAAUGUAAUUUAGGUUCUAUGUUUGGUGAAUAUACCCCACAUUGUUGUGUCGACCCCUGGUAUGUUAACAGGUACGCCAUUAACCUUUAACUAUAAUUCGAUAUACACCAGAGUGUUUGUAUUAAACAAGAAAAAGUUGUAAAUCUGGCACAUGCUGUAUAUUACAGUUGUUUUCAUAAAUGUUUUUAUUGUUGCAUAAUCUUUUUUUUUUUUUUUUUUUGCUUGUUUUAAGCACUUGCUGAGGAGCUCUGGAGAAUAUUUACAAUGGAAUUGUUGCUGAGGAGAACCACUUUGCUCUUACGCCCAUGGAAAAUAAGAGCUUGGAGAUGCCACAAAAGCACCUUGGUGUCACCGUUACAAUCAGAAUCCCCUGAUCCAGAAACACAGCAGAGACGCAUGAAUCCAUUGAACAUCCAGAUGCUUUCUAAAGGGUUACAUGAGCAGAUAUUUAGGGGUAAGCAAUACGAGUAUUGUGAAGAAAAUAUUCAAAAAGGCAUAAACCGCUUGAAGACCCAUGACCUUUGGCACCAAGAAACCUCUACUGUCAAUGAUGUAGAACUAAAACUGCCCACCAUGUAUGGAAACAAUAUUGAGGAGCACUUCAAGAUUUUGGCUCAGAAGCAAAGUUUUCCAUACUUGGAGGCAGCUAAUGAACUUUUGCAGUGUCAAAUUCCAGACAUGCCAACUGAGUGGGCCUGGCAAGCUGGAUGGACCAAGUAUACGACAGAUGGACGGAGAGAGUUGGUGGACUUCCCAGAUGAAAGAGCAUUGGUCUUUGAUGUGGAAAUUUGCAUGUCUGAGGGUCAGUGUCCAACGCUGGCUGUAGCUGUUUCUCCUCAGUGUUGGUAAGACACUCACAGUGAUUGUGGUUAUGGUUCUGUCUUUUUACUUCAUUACAUAAAAGAAUCAGAUUACGUGUGGGUUUUUUUGGUGUUUUUUUCAGGUACUCUUGGUGCAGCAGAAGGUUAAUAGAAGAUCGAUACACAUGGUCUAACCAGCUUUCUCUGUCAGAUCUCAUCCCUCUGGAGACCUCAACAAAUGCCAACUGCAGUGUCAAACGUAACUGGAUGGAGAGGCUGGUUGUAGGACACAAUGUCAGCUUUGAUCGCGCACAUAUUAAAGAACAAUAUCUUAUCAAAGUAAGAACAUGUUAUCUGUGUGACUUCUCUUGGAACAUAUACUAUCCUCAUAUGGAAUCAAAAUAAACCUUUGAAAUAACAUUCAGGGGGUUAUUCACUAAAGUAUAAAUUGUCAGAUUUCAAAGUAAAUUUUAAAUUUCAGGCAACAUUAGCCAAACGGAAAAUAUAGCUGAUGUUGAGAUGUGUUUUUUGGGGGAAGGAGUGGAGUGCAGGAGGAUUCUUCCACUUCAGCUAUUUAAGUUAAACAUUUUUCCAUUUGUUUUUUGACGUACCAAUAAUUCACACUUUGAGGGUCACUAUAGUCACCCAGACCACUUCAUGUCACUGUUCCUGUUCUUUUAACCCUGCAUACAUUGCAGGUAGUUGUGUUUUUUUUUUUUUUGUUGUUUUUUUUUAACUGCAAUGUUUACAUUGUAGGGCUAAGCCCACCUCUAGUAGCUGUCAGUAUAUUAGCCCCUAGUGGUGUUUUUCUGCUGCACUGACUGAGUAAAAAUCUGUGUGCGGCAUUCAAGCUUCUUCUAUUGGUUCCUCUAUGAGUAGCAUUGGAUAGGGACAUAAUGGAGGAGACCAUACCUCCUCUGACUAAGAGGCUCCCUUGCCACUAGAAAAAGGUAAGCAAAAAGCUCAGUUUUAUUAUUUUUAAUAGCAAACUAGAUGAUGGAGUAAACCUUAAUAUUAGUAGGGAGAUCAACAGUAUAGCAUCAGGAGUAUAGGUUUGUAUUGCUAAUAAAUAACCCUGUUUGACAUACAAAACAAUGGCAGAUAUAAUUUGAUUGAGUCAAGUAUUUUUCCUUUUUUCAUAUCAAUUAUAGUAUUAGAAUUUAGUAUUCUGGUACUUUGGAUAUAUGCACAGGGGCAUAUAACAUCCUAUAUGUGCAGAGCUAGCUAUCUCACAACAGAUACCGGAUAUUUUAAGUUUGGGUUUAACUAAUUUUACUCAAAUUGGCAGCAUUAUAUUUUUCAUAUAUUUAUUAUUCAAGAAAAAUCUGGGAUUGCUUUUUAUAGUUUUAGAUUCAUAUUGAUGUUCUUAUUGUCAAUGUCUGUGUAUUUGGCUAUUUAUGUUCAUGUCUUGCAAUGUAAAUAAUUCUCAUUUACUGUUUAAAUUCUUGGCAGGGCUCAAAAAUGCGUUUUAUGGAUACUAUGAGCAUGCACAUGGCCAUAUCUGGCCUAACUGGUUUUCAGCGGAGUCUGUGGAUGGCCAGUAAGUAUGGUAAAAAGAGGGGAGUACAGGAGGUAAAGCAACAUAUCCAGAAAAAUCAGAGGAAGUCUGAUGGCCCUGCAGUAAGUAUGUCAUGACAGGAACAUUUUGAGUUGAAAGAUUUUUUUUUUUUUUUUCUUUUUCAUUAAAUUCUUCUUGAUGUUUUUGAGUAUAAAGUAUUGUUUCAUGGUCUAAUUGAUAAUAACAUGGUCUGCUGUGGCCCAUAGUUCGAAGCGUUUUGUUACGGUUCUGGUAGAGCUAUUUCCAUAUCACUGACUAUUGUGUUACUGCUUUUUGUUCCAGAUCAGUUCCUGGGAUUGGGUAAAUAUUAGCAGCAUUAACAACCUUGCUGAUGUUCAUGCCCUUUAUGUUGGUGGUCCACCACUUGAGAAGGAGGCCCGGAAUCUUUUUGUGAAGGGAAGCAUAAAAGAUAUUCGAUUAGAGUUCCAGGUAAGAAUUAAUUCAGAAGUUCUUUUUCGCCCAUUGAUAGUUGCACAAACUCUGAUGCUUUGUUAAAGGGACACUGUAGGCACUUUAGCCCAUUGAAGUGGUCUGGGUGCCAACUCCCAUCACCCUUACCCCUGCGCAUGUAAUUAUUGCAGUUUUUAUAAACUGCAAUAAAUACCUUGCAGGGUUAAGUCCUCCUCUAGUGGCUGUCUAUUAGACAGCUACUAGAGGGACUUCUGGCUUCUUAGACGAAUUUUGGUUGUCUAAACGACGCUGGAUGUCCUCACGCUAUGCAUGAGGACCUCCAGUGUCGCCGGAAUCCUCACAGGAAAGCAUUGAAUUCUUUCCUAUGGGGAGGUCUAAUGCGCGUGGCCAUUGCCACACAUGCGCAUUAGGUCUCCCCUGCCAGCGGAUUUCGGCAGGGGAGGAGCGAGGGACAGCGGUGCUGGAUUUGGACAAGUGUCUGAAGGGCUUUUAACCCCUUCAACAACAUGGGAUGGGGUAGAGAGGGGGGGGGGCACUCCAAGAUUCUCGGGUUUGUUUUCCUGGCACUAGAGAUUCCCUUUAAACUCUGGUGUAGAAUAGUUUGCUGUAAGGAUGCUAUGGGGACACAGAUAUUGAGCCUAAUCAAAAUAUUCUCCCUGGAGCAACUCCCUUGGACUGCAGGGGUACAGGGUGUCAUUGUAGCAGUAAUAGGUUGUGGGUUUUCAUUUCUCUUAUGUGCAGUAUACUAACUCUGUGCAGAAAGAUGAAGUUAUGUUAUUUCAUUUUUGUACUGUUAGUUGAUAUGAUGCAAGAACAAGUAAGGGGUUCUAUAAAUUAUCCGUGUUAUUGUACAUGCAUAAACCACACGCUGUCUGCCAGUCAUAAGGGAUAUUAUGUUGCAUCUGCACUCUCUCCUCACUGCAGGAUAAGGAGGAGAGGGAAUGAAACAAGUUUUAUGUCGGUGUGAUUUAACUUACUUAUGAAUUCUGGAGUUAAGUGGCUGGCAUAUUUUUUUGUGUGAGAAGCAUGGCUAAUAAAGGCCUUGAUUACAUUUCUGCCAGUAGCAUUUGUUGUCUGCCACAAAGCCUGUUUAUUGGUGCAAAUCAAUGGGUUAUUAGGAGCCAAUUAAGACGAUUAUUGCUUUUUAUUUUAAUUUAAUUAUACUUUUUUUAAAAUAUACAUUUUGGACACAGUGCCAUUUAUCAAGGACACGUCAUCAAUGUUUUAUUUUUGCGUGCGCAACAGAGCUGUGCUUAGGACACUGGCUAGAUCAGUAUCCUUUCUAAGGUAGGCAUGGUAAGUGUAGACAAUAAGAAACACUAUGUGGCCCCUCUGCUUUCCCCUGUGGCAGUUAAAGGGUCACAUUUUGUGAAACAGCAGGAAGCGACUCUAGUGGCUGUCUGGCAGACAGCCACUAGAGGCAAUCUUGGCACUGCCAUGUAAACAUUGCAUUUUCUCUGAAACUGCAAUGUUUUACAUUGCAGGGCUCAGUGGGACAGGGACACUGCACCCAGACCACUUCAAUGAGAUGUAGUGGUAGGGUGCCUAUAGAGUCCCUUUAAGACAAAAUAGGGACUAAUAUUCUUCCUACACUUGACAAAUCUUGACAAAGAGUGGAGCUUACGGCAAGCACCACUUAAUUUGUCAAAUAUUAUUUUCCAUUCCAACCAUAGUCACCUUUCCAUUUAGUCAAUACUCUCUAAUCUCGUGAACUAAGCUCUUUCUUGGGGGCAUGAGAGUGGGCAUGAGCAAAAUUAGAGAGGAGGGAGUUAGGAAGGACAGGUAAAGGCAGUGAGAAGACAUCACAGCCAGGCUUUUUAAGAGGGUGUUGGACUUUAAGAAGAUCUGGCAAAGAAAAUGAGGGAGUUUUUAAAGAUAAGAAUAGGGGAUCUGUCCCCCUUCCCUCCCCACCCAAAAAAAAGGCUGUGAACAAUAGGAACUAUAAUAGGUUCGAAGGGGACAAAAAAAUUAGAUAAAACUAUCUAUUUUAUCUAUAUGGACUUGAAAACCAAAUUACAAAUUAGUUGGUAAAAUAUCUGAUUUGCAAAAAUUUUCCAGCUCGGCUUUAGUCACAGCUUGGCUAUAUUAGUCUAGAUUUUUCGGUAUGGUUUAGGUGUCAGCAUUUAGAAUUUUAAGUGCCUUCAAAAGACCAUCUGUUACUCUAAGAUGUACUUAUAUAAUAUUGUGUAGCACUACUGCAAGUAUUAGAAUUCCAUUGUCUCUUAAUGAUUACGGUUUAUUUUGUGAUUAAAGGAACUCAUGAAAUACUGUGCCCUUGAUGUCAAAGCAACACAUGAGGUGUUUCUGGAAGUGUUCCCCUUAUUUAUGGAGAGGUAAAGUGACCUACGUAUUUGGAUUUUGGCAGCAGAUACACAUCCUGCAAUUAGAGAGCAAUUAUGGCCUAUUAUAAUAGAAAAGUCAUGUUUACUUAUUUUCUGUUUUGUUUUUUUCUGUGCAAUAUUUUUGUUUGUGGAAUUUAUAACACUUACUUUGCUUCUUAUUAUUCAUUCUCAGUUUUAUACAUUUGCACAUACUUAAUUCAAGCAAUAAAGAGAAGAGGGUUUGUUGUACUACAAUUAAUAAUAGCCAUUUGUAAUUUCAUACUUUGUAACACACUAAUAUAACUUUUUUUUCUUUUGUUGCGUCUGUCAAUAUCAUCUUUUUUAUGCCUACCUGUAGCAGCCAGGAAGCAAUGUUGUAGCCAUAUAUCAUUCCCUUUUAAAGGGACACUGUAGGCACUGUAACCAUUGAAUUGGUUGUACUGUCUGGUGAGGUGAAGCAGUUACAGUGCUGAUAAUGUCCCUUUAGUAUUUCCAACGAAAUACUUAAAGGGAACCAUCUUCUUCCUGGAGAUAUUUUUUUUUUUUUUUUUUAUACGCUUAAAGAGACACAAACUGAUUAUAGUGUUUUGUGUCCUCUGGCACUGAACCUCCAUUCAGUAUUAACCUAUUUUAGAGCAGUUUGCACUAAAAAAGGGUCUCUGGCUACCCACAGUCUGGUCCUUUUUGGAGGUAUGGCUAAGGCAGAGAUUACACACUUCCUUCUAGUCAUACCCAUUCAUACUGUCAGUUGGAGUUCUAAUAUGCUGAAAGCAGUCAGCUUACUUACUCUACAAAUCACAUCUGUUCAUUGCUGCUCAAGCUAAUUCCUCAUUAGCCAAAGCUGAGGGUAUAUGGACUUCUGGAAACUCUUAUUUUGUAUUAAGUGGAAACAUUAAAAACGGUUUAAUGCUGAAUUAAAUUAUGGCACCAUGGAAUUCCAGACACUAUAACAAGUUUAAUGAGAUAAAGCUUAAUCUUGAGUAGGAUGCCUUAAUUUUCAGUUUGUCCAUGUGGCCUCAGUUACCAACAGUCAUUUAGUGCCUUCUCCAGAACUGCAUGACUUUUUGUUUUAUAAGUUGAUGGACAGGGUUGGCGUGGCCACUAAGCGAACUAGGCAAAUCACCUAGGGUGCAUCGGCCCGGGGGAUGCAGAAUCAGUUUGACUGGGAGGAGGAAAGCAGAGCACAGUGCUUUCCCCUGGUCACAUCAUGUAGCGUGGUCGAGCUGUGGACCGCAGUAAAGGAGCUUCAGUAACCUCUAACCCAUCUGACAGGAAGUGUGCACGAUUAGUGCCGAACUAUGGUCCAUGGCUCCGCCUCGCUACACAGGAGGAAGGUAAGCUAAAGGGUAGAGAAACCACAAUCUGUACGAGGGGGGAGGAAGAAGCCAUAAAUGGGGAAGAGAUCGUAAAGGGACAGCGGGGGGGUAGAGACCGCAAAGGGACAGGGAGGGGGGUGUGAGACCACAAAGGGACAAGAGCGGGGUAAAGGAACACAAUGGGACGGGGUAGCUGGUCUUGCUCAGGGCGCAAAAUAGUGGCACUGGCACUGUUAGUGGAUAGGGGAAAAGAGUUCUUGUUUUCUGCAAACUCUAAACCACCAUAGUGCACUCUUUGUACAGCAGCCAGAAAACACUAAUGUAGAAUUCUUAUGCAAACUGCAAUAGGAUGAUCAUGUCAAAAUUUUACUUAUUUUUUUUUUUUAUGAUUUCAAAGAAUGUAUCUUUCAAUAUUAUAGGCAAGAUAGGGACAAUAAAGUGUAUGUACAAAUCGCUCCUGACUAGUUUGGUAUAUUGGUGUGUAAAGUCACGUGAGAAUUUUAUGCAAUGUUCUAUGGGACAAGAGAAACCAACCAUUGAAUCUGUUAUUUAUUUUUCUUCAGGUGCCCUCAUCCUGUGACCUUAGCAGGGAUGUUAAAAACUGGUGUUUCCUUCCCCCCUUUGCAACUAAGGGCUAUCUGGAUACAUUCUGUCAACUUUGCAAAGAUUUGAAUCGCACAUGAUCCAGUUUAUAGCCAUAUUGGGUUGGUUUUUGUAAGGCUCUACACCAUGCUUUAACUCCACUCACCCCAUUAAGGUGACUAGUAUUCCCAAAGAAUCAAGAGUGGUGUGAUUCCUUUAUGACAUUAUGAUUAUGUCCAUUUUUUUUUCCAUUUUACGCAAUGUUCUAUGGGACAAGAGAAACCAACCAUUGAAUCUGUGAAUAAUGAUAGUAAAAUUUAAAAUGUUGGAAUUUUAUUUAUUUUUCUUCAGGUGCCCUCAUCCUGUGACCUUAGCAGGGAUGUUAGAAAUGGGUGUUUCCUAUUUACCUGUUAAUCAGAACUGGGAGCGAUAUUUGGAUGAAGCCCAGAGCACCUAUGAAGAGCUCCAGAAGGAAAUGAAGAAGUCCUUAAUGAACUUAGCCAAUGAUGCCUGCCAGUUUCUUAAUGGAGAUGCGUAUGUGAAACCCAUUACUGAAUGUUGCUUUAUGCUGUUAGUGAAUGGAAUUUCUUAAUUCCCCAUAUUCCAUCUUCUUCUCAUAAUUUAUUUUAUCUCCAAUGUUUUUUGAAUUUGAAGUGUUUAUUUAACAUUUCAGAACAUAGCAGUGCGUGAUAACAGAUGUGUGCAGCAUGAGAUGGUAAAAAUGUAAAUCUCAAAAUAGAGAGAUGAUGAUAUAAUACAAUUAAGAAAAAGGGUGUAGGAGGAUAAGCAGAGAAAAGGAAAAUGAACAAAUGUAUUUGGUAUGCUGUGUAUUUGAGCAAUUUAUAGAGGAGUCUACUGUCUCACAUACUCACAACAUCAAAAGGCAUUACCAGUGGGGCAAGCACUUCCAGCCAGAGGGACUGAUUUUGGGGAAAACCUCCGUAGUUUCAUUUAUAGUAGCUGUCCGUUUUUAAAUCCUGAAAAUAUAGUAGAUUUUUUUUUUUUUUUUUUCAAGUCAACCUCGGCUGGGUCAGGUGAUCCAUGGUAUCCUUUUAUAAACAUGCUACUUUCAUGCUUACAAGUUUAUUAUUUUCUCAGAUAUAAAGAAGAUCCAUGGCUUUGGGAUUUGGAGUGGGACACACAAGAAUUCAAACAGAAAAAAACUAAAGUCAGUAAAAGGCAAAAAGAAGCACGAGAAGGUUUAGAAAUUGCAUUAGGAAAUAAUCUCCUUUCAGAUUUACAUGAAGGUAAGAUGGACAUAUCAGAAAUCAGCAUGUAAUAUUCAUGAAUUGCCUAUCUGACCUGCCACCCACCACUUUAAGGUAACUUUUAAAUUGAAUAAUUGACAGCAGAUAAGAUUAACUGAAAAGGGUUUUGAACAUAGGCGUGCGCCGCCAAUUGCAUUAGGGUGUGCACCCUAAAGCACAAACACACGCCGCGUGUAUAUACAUACACUGCUGUGUGAGGGUGGUUUGAGGGUGCUGUCUGUGUGUGUGGGUGCUGUGUGUGAAGGUGCUGUAUUUGUGUGCCUGCUGUGUCUGUACUGUAUGUGUGUAGGUGCUGUGUGUGUGGGUGAUAGUGGAGGUUGGGGUACAUUACUUAAUAUCCCCCCUCCCUUCUUACCUUAUGUAGGGAGGGGGGAUUCUUGUUCCUGCUGCUUUCCCUGGUGGCCAAGUGGAGAGUGAACUCUAGCCUGUAGGGCUAGAGUUCACUCUCGCGAGAUCUGAGCGUUGCCGCGGCAACGCUCCGACCUCAUGAGAGGAAACCUGGCGGAGUUGUUGGUUGAGCUUCCCGGAUCCUCUCCUGCCUCCCUCCAUGCUGCAGUGGGAGGGAGGCUGAGAGUAGAGCCGGCGCUCGGAUAGCACCGGCUCUGCAUGAGCCGACAGGGGAGAUCCUGAGAUCUCCCCUGCCGGUCUCAAUACAUAGGCGUGCCGCAGGGAUUAGGGUGUGCCCAGGCACACCCCGUGCACACGCCUAUGGUUUUGAAUGCUUUUUGUUUGCUGCAAACACCAUAGGUGUCUGCAGCCAUUAGGAAUGCCUGAAAUAAUCUCAGCAACUACCUCUGAUUCCUCUUUAAUGAACGACAUAAGUUUGAAUUGCAUUAUAUAUGGAAAUGGCAAUAAUGUUUUAAGGAUCGUUUAUAGAUCUGUAAAGGUGUUUGUACAUUGACCUACAGGUGCUCCUCCUUCAUUAGACAGAAAUGUGGAAAACAAACUAGGAUGCUUAAUCUGGAGCAUCUAUUAUGUUCGUCACUCUGAGUUAGAAUAUGAAAGUAUUUAUUUGUAAAUAUUUUUUUUUUUGGUACGAGGGCACUAGAAAAUUUUAAAACAGAUUACAAUAUAACUAUAACACUUGGCAUUUCAAAUGCAUGAAAUAUUGUCUUUUUCAUUGUAAUUUGUUAUCAUAGAUCCUGGACCACCUACUGAAGAACAGGAGUCCCAGCCUCCAAUCAGUAAGACGUACUUAGAAAAUCUCAAAAACAAGACUUUACCUUCCUUACCAAAAAGAACGCAGCACUUGCCUGGUCAUCCGGGGUAAAAGAUCACUUUAAUAAAGUUCACAAAUCAAAAAUGUGAUAUACACAGUGUUUUAAUUUUUAUAUUUGUUCCUAUUAAACAUGUGUUUCCAAAUUUUAGAUGGUACCGUAAACUUUGCCCUAAACUGGAUGAUCCUGAAUGGGUACCAGGCCCAGGACUUAUUAGCCUUCAAAUGAGGUUAACACCUAAGUUAAUGCGUUUGACGUGGGAUGGCUACCCGCUGUACUACUCUGAAAAAUAUGGAUGGGGUUAUCUUGUUCCUGGAAGGAAGGACAACCUUUUGGCCAGUCCAGAAGAUGCAGAGGCUAUUCCGUGUCCUUACAGGUAUGUGACAUUUAUAUGCAUGGUGUUAGGUUUUGGUCUAUUUAUCUUUUUCCUGGGGGUUGCCUUCACCAAGUCUAUCUUGACCACUAAUUUUUCUUUUCCUCUCCACCCCCCAAGAGUUAUUGAAACAGUUUUCAUGGAAUACAGUAAAGGUAAAGAGAAUAUUAACUUGUCACAGGAGGCCUCCCUACAGGAUGAUUUUAUGCUGACAGAAGACCAGACCAUCUGGCAAAAGGUAGAGUGUUAAAAAGUCACACCAAUUCUCUGAAAUUGUUUAUAGUUAUUUUAUGUGCACCAUUAUACAUCCUAGGUGGAGGAAUUAAGUCGAAUAGAGAUGGACCUUGCCUCUGAAGCAUCAACAACCAGUACAGUGAGGAAAAGAAACAAAACUAUAUCAGUGAGUUCUUCUCUAUAACUUAAAGCGUAAUGGUUUGUGUAACUAAAUUUUUGGGGUGACGGGCCAGAAAAGCCUUGUGAUGAUGCUGACAGAUUGAAAUACUAGUUUAUUUUUAUUAAAAAGAGUCCUACUGCUGUCUGGUUACUCCAUUUUCAUAUAGUGGUAUAUGGAAAAAGCCUUCAUAAGUAUGUUGCUGUGGUUUUCUAUUUCCUGAAGAGCCGUAGAAGCUCAAACUUAGCACUGAGAGUCCCACCUCUUCCCUCCUGCCUAAUAUUACAUAGUCAUCUUACUGACCAGAAUUCAGGAUAUCUGUUAACUUUUUUUUUUUAAAAGACUUUAUUGUAAAUAUUAGUAUUGAUUUUUUUAUUUUAUUUUUUGGAAACGUAUCAUAAUAACUUUGAAAAUAUUCAAUAGAAAACAGUUUAUAAAAAAUAAAAAAAAAGGGGGGGGGAUUUAAUGAUAAAGGUUAAUUAUGAUGUUCUACUCCAACCCUCUUUUUUUUUUUUUACUUACCCUUAUAUAAUAAGGUGUUUUUGAAUCCCCAGUUCAUAUACGGACUCAAAAGGUCCCUCUUAUGUAUUUAAUAUGUGGAUGAAUUGACUUUUCUUUACAAAAUCUGAAUGGAGCAAUGCAGCACGAUGGUUAUCGUAUUCGUUUAGAUUGCCAAGUGCUGAUUUACAUUUUACUGGGCAGGGUUAUAUGGGAUAUGCUUAGCACGGCCCUUGAAAAUCAAAGAAGGGCAAUAAUUUGGUGAGAAAUCUAAGUUACAUCCUAUUAUACGGGAGAAUUCACUGCAGAAAGUUGCAAGUCUAUCUAGUUUAUUGCAAAGUGGGAAUCCACUCCAGCUUAGAGUGUAUCUUAAUUUAUUAUUGCACAUGUUGAUUCACAUUUUCUUUUAAAUGAUUUCAGUCUUCAAAAAAGUAGACUUAGAAGUUGUAUAACUUUUAUAAUAAUCCCCAUCUGUUUAUUAAUAAAUCUAAUUGUGGCGAGUGUCCAUUAGGGGACAUUUAGGAAUUGUGGACUGUUGGUAACGCUGCUUUCAGCACAGGUUGUACAGGACAAUACCAUAUGCAAAUAUUUAACAAAAAAUGAUUAAAUCUAAAGAACCAGCUGGUACUCAAGAAGAUGCACAAAGCAUACAAUAAAGUUUCAAGAUUGAUGCUAAUUAGCAGGUUAUGAGAUCCAAGUAUUUUUCAUCAUUUUAUUUGUGUCUAUAUUUAUGUACAGUCCCGUAUAAUUUAAUUGUUUCAGAAGCUACCUGGUGAAGUAGAUCCAGAGAUGGAAGGCUCACCUGCUAAUCACCAUGGAAAUGGACCAUGUAAUGACGUCAAUGUAUCAGGCUGCUGGUUCUACAGACUGCCGCACAAAGUGAGUUGGGAAGUGAAUUCAAUUUGCAUGACGAACAUUAUUCUUAAAGGGACACUGUAGGCAUCCAGACCACAUCAGCCCUUUGAAGUAGUCUGGGUGCCAGCUCCCAUCACCCUUAACCCUGAGCAUGUAAUUAUUGCAGUUCUUAUAAACUGCAAUAAUUACCUUGCAGGGUUAAGUCAUCCUCUAGUGGCGGUCUCCCUAUGAGGAGAUCCUAAAGCGAGUGUGGCAUUGCCGCCCAUGCGCAUUAGGUCUCUCCAGCCGGCGGGGGAGGAGCGUGAGCAGAGAUGAGCCAGCGGGACAUCAGUGCUGGACCCAGGUAAGUGAAAGAAGGGGUUAUUAACACCCUUGUGCACCACGGGGGUAGGCCUUGACAGAAAGGGAAGCUACAGUACCAGGAAAACAAGUUUGUUUCCCUUUAACAUUCCAAAUUCGGCUUUUGUUAUUGCAUCAUAAGCUGGUUACGUGGAGCAUCUUUAAAAUCCAUUUGAAUGUGCAAUAAAAUCUUACUACGUAAAUACUUUAAAAAGGGAACUGUCACUAUAGUGGGCCUUUGCCUUUUUUUUUUCUCCAAAGACCCCACAAGGUGACAUGUCUAGUCUGACUGGCAAAUGUCCAUUCUGUGCACAUUUAAAUACAUAUUCAUUUUCUGAGAGAGGUCAGCUGAUGCUUUCAGACAGUGAAUGAACAUCAGGAACGAUAUCCCGCUUCUACAAUUCUGCAGAAGCCUGAUGUAAAACCGUACUUCACAGGAGACCAGGCACCCAGCCAGGUCCAGAUAAAAAGGCCAGGGUUUUUCUGUCAUUAUAAUGACUACCGUGGGAUGUUUGGAGUAACCCUUUAGGCAAUAGCAGUGAGGUGCUAUAGUAAUCUAUUACACAUUGCGCAAAAUUAUGCAAAAUAAUCCUGUUCCCAUCAGCAGUCGCAGGAUAUAGCUAAUGGGAAAUAGCAGUCUUGACUCAACCUUUUACCAAGAAUUGGCAUUUACAUAAGACAUAGUAGUACCUACUUUGCCUCAUGCAUAUCUUUUGAUUGCAUUGUAAGUUUUGCACAUGCCAUCUUGGUACUACUUUACAAGUUAGAAGUGAUGAACAAUGUUUUAAACACAAUUACAGGUACUAGUGCAUUCCUUUUUUAGUCUUUGUUUGGUCUUAAUAGUUAAAAAGAAUUAUGAUAGACUAUAUAAUACUGUUACAUUAUACUUUUCCAUGUAUUCAUUGUUGAAUUCAUUGAUUAUGCAGAGAUGGAAGGCAAGGUGGAUGGGAUACUGAAAAAUAAGAGAGACAGAGUAAAAAGGUGGGACAGUCAAGUUCUGAAACUGGAGUUACGUAUGUGAUCAGUCCAGUGAUGGCUAACCUGGGCACUACAUUUUUAAUGAUGCUCAGUCAGACCUAAAGGGACACUCCAGUCUGAAUUUCAACCAUUCUUUUUAAUGUCGUAUUAGUUAUUGGUUUAAAAACAAAUUGUUAUUGAAGUUUUUUCAUGUACUGCAAAUAUCCAAGUUUUGAAGCAUCUGCAGUUAAGUCCUGCCUGACCAAGAAAUAACUGGUUUGCACUUGAACUGCACUGUAUGUAAACUCAUAGCAGCUGGUUUAGCUGCUUUCAGCUUACAAACCUGUCCCCUCAUCCUAUAUGAUGAGUAGAACUACGGCUGUGAGCUAACCCAUGUAUACUAGGAACUCCCAAACAGAAGUUUAUAGGAUUAUGAAACAGAUUGAUAGUCUCCUGGUCAGAGAAAGGUCUUCCAGCUGCAACCACUUGCCUGUACAAAUGUCAGCAGCACUAGGAAACUAAAAGGGAAGUGAUAUUUGUAUUGUACUUUUUCCUCCCCUCCCAUUAUAUAGGAUGGCAUCACAAAUAACGUUGGCAGUCCUUUUGCAAAGGAUUUUCUUCCAAAGAUGGAAGACGGCACCUUGCAGGCUUAUAUUGGUGACACCAGCGCAACACGGGCUCUAGAAAUUAAUAAGAUGAUAUCAUUCUGGAGAAAUGCUCACAAACGCAUAAGGUAACAUCAUUUUAUUUUCAUAGAUUGUACAUUUGUACAGAGAUUUAACAGUUACAGGUUAGAGCUGCCCAUUCCAACCUUUUUCUUGUUAUUACAGCUCCCAGAAAGUAGUAUGGCUGAAAAAGGGAGAGCUGCCGCGGAAUAUUAUCAGGUAGAUUGCUGUUGGCUCUGAGGUUAUUACUAUUGUAGAAUGAUACUACACUAUAGUGAUUAAGGUAAGGAAUGAAUGUCAUAGGAUUUAAAGGAUCCAUACAGGGUUAUUCACUAAAGGCAAUUUAAAGUGAAUUUAAAAUUUAAGGGCAAAGUAGCUGAACUGGAAGUGUAGCUAACUUGGAGAAUGUCUUAUUUUCAGCUAUCUUGCCCCAAAAUUUGAAAUUCACUUUAAAUUCCCAGCAAUUCUCAUUUUAGUGAAUAACCCUGGUGGUUGUCAAUACAAGGCACACAUCUGAGAAUGAGCAUUAAACAUACCUGGGAGACUUUAAAUCUCCCCAUUAUAGUCACAUGAUUAAUCUAUCUAUGUCUGUUAAGCUUCCAUCCGAUUCUUUUGGGACUUGAUUAGUAUACAAAAUAAAGCCCUGAGCUCAAACUCCAACUACUCCUAGGCAGCAACAAUGACUAUAGUACAUAGCAGCCCAAAUCCAUAUAAUAAAAAACAAACAAAAACAGUUACUUACACAUUAUCCUAAAUCCCCAUUGCACAUUCAAAUACCUGGAGGUACUUUCGUAUCACUCCAACCACACUCAAGUCUAAGCUCACCUGCCACAUCAAGGUAAAACCUCUACAUGAACAAUUCCUCUUGCUGUCUUCAGCUAAAAGGUAAAAUCUCUGAAACUCAGAGCGGUAUUUUUCUAAACCCUGCACACUUAUUAACCCUUAAUAGGGAACACAUGGGGUGAGCGGCAGUACUGUAACAUGGCUGUGUGAUAAAAGAAAAAAGCAAAUACAGAAAAAUUUGUACUAUAGCCAUUGCUGUUGCCCAGAAUUAGUUACACAGUCGUGUUACAGUGCGGCCACCACCAGAUGUUAAGGAUUGAUAAUUGUAGGGGUUCAGAAAAAUACCCCUCUUUGUCUCAUGGGAGAUUUUACUUUUUAGCUAAAAACUGCAAGGUGAAUUGUUAGAGUAGGACUCACCUAAGAUGUUUUGCCUUGACAUGGCAGGUGAGCUUACACUUUAAUGGCCGUUGGAGUGAUAAUAAAAACCUCCAGUUAUUUAAAUGGGCAUAGGGAAUUGGGAUAGUGCACAAGUAACCUUUUUUUCUUUUGUUUUUAUUGGGAAUUAAUUAGUGCCUUAAAUGCAUUCUAACACAUGCUGGAAACUGAACUGCAUGUGUUUAUGCACGUUUACCAUUCCCACUUCUCUGAACUUCCCCUAUUGGCUGAAAACAGACAAGCAAACCAUUAGGAAAAAAUGUAACUCUCCAUAGGGGUUUGUGACUUUUACUGGUUUAUAAUGCUUUUUUUUAUUCAUUUUAAUGCAAGAUUGGAGAUUUUAUUCAAAUGCUAUGUGUAGAUAUGUUUGGCCAUUUGCUGGCCUUUUUAUCAAUUACUAGGGUUGUUUUCUCACUACUUUUGUCAGCUUGGACCAUAUAUGGUUCAUUUUGGGGUAAAGGAGUAGGCACUUUGGCUGGAGAAAUGCGUGCCGUUGAUCUAAGAUCAGCCAUAAAGAAGAUUUAACUUUAAAUAACACAUCACUAUAUACCAAACAUAAAAACACUGAUCAUCAUUAUAGAACAAAUUAAAAGGACAUUAAAUAUAAAUCUCCAAUAGAUGUCUGCUAAACCAGUCCCCUCAUUAUAACCAAAAUCUCACUCCCUUCAAUUGAGGAAGGAAUGGGUUGUUAAAGGAAGAAAACCACUAACAUUGAUCCACCACUGUUCCCAGUUACAGUUUCAAUUAUGGAUAGAGGACUGCUUUGUGUUGUGAUUGAGAAAUUAUUACAUCUCAUAUUGGUGCUAAUAUUUCAUUGGGUUUAGAGAACAAGUUUUGAACUGCCUGAAUAUUCUUCAUAACCUCUAAUCAUUUUUGAUUCUAUGCUUGAAUGUGUUGAAAAUUGAAUUUAUUAUAAAUAUUAUCUAAUCCAGGAACCCUGAAUUUGAUGAAGACAAUAAGUAUGGCGCCAUCCUGCCUCAGGUGGUCACAGCUGGAACAAUCACACGCCGAGCUGUGGAGCCCACAUGGCUAACUGCCAGCAAUGCACGAGUACGUGAUCAGUGUAUCUGUAUGUAAUAAUGUGGUUUGUUAUGUCUUCUCUGAAGUGGCAAACUCAUGUGGUGUCCUACUUAAAGCAGCAUGAAACACCCAAUAUAAUCGUUAUGAAAUACUAAUUUUGACUCUGUUGGAAUUCCAACCCAGUCAAGAUAUAUACUGAGAGAGAGUAGGGACUACUUUGUCUAUGUAUAUUUCCUACCCCUGACACAUCUAGAUACUGGGCAGAGGAAGGAAUGGUCUCUGUCUGUGGAGGGUCCCACUGUCUCAUGGGUCCUCCAUAGACUUUAAUGCUGUACACCUGCGUAAUCGCGAGACCAAAUGAAAACAGAAUGAUACACACAAAACGUAUAAAAAGCUUAAUAAACAACUUGGCCUUUGGGUAAUUUCCACUCCAAAGAUUUUAAACAAGUUUAUCGCAUCUGUGCUGUACCAAUGACACUACAAGGUCAACCUGUUCCAACAACAUGAACUGUUGAGCAACUAAAGGCCAGAUGUAUCCACUCUACAGGAGAUACCAUAAACCCUAGAUCAGGGGAGUCUGAAAGGUAGAUCUUUAGUUGUUGUAUGACUACACCUUCCAUGGUGCUUUCUAUAAAAAAAAAAUCAGUGUUCCAGUUUGGGAUCGGUAUAUUGGAUAUCCGUGCACCAGGUGAUUCUCUCAGCCCCUCAUAGACCUUGUCAUUGUGAUACAGCCCGGAUGUGUACACUGUGAGCAAAGAGAUCCAAAUUGGGUUACUCUUUUGGUCUUGUGAAGACAUUAAGAAUGCACAAAUAAGCUGAAAACUAUGUAUAGAAGUUGAGAAUAAAGUGUGUGUGUUUCUCCUUCUCUGGGUGUUUGGGUCCUAUUAAAUGUGUUUCUGCAGUUUGUGUCCUAAAAGUGACUUACAGCUUUGUUUACAAUCCGUGCUCGUUUUCCUUUUACUGUUUUUCAGACGGACCGUGUGGGCAGUGAAUUAAAAGCUAUGGUCCAGGUACCUCCUGGUUAUCAUAUGAUCGGAGCGGAUGUAGAUUCCCAGGAACUGUGGAUAGCGGCGAUUCUUGGAGAGGCUCACUUUGCAGGACUUCAUGGUAUAAAUCAGCUGCAAGGCACAUUUUAGCAAUGCAUGUUCUUUUAUAUUUUACAAAUAGAAUUUUUUUUUAUUUUUUUUUAACUGCUGAGAUAAACAAAAAAAGUGAGGUUCAUUAAAUGUUAUUCAAAUGCUUUCUGCUAACUCAGUUUAGUGAAUAACGCACUUAAUUGCCUAUUUUAGAGCUGUUAAACUGUUAUUACCUUGUAACAUUUUCAAUUUUGUUGGUAAUUGGAAAUCUUUUAAUUUCUUGUGAGACAUUUACUUUAAAAUAAGAAAAAAAAUAAAAUAAAAAAAUAAAUAUAAAUAUAAAAUGGUAAAUAUAUAUAAAUAAAUAAAAAAUUUAGGUGUGUAGAAGUAUAGUAUACUAGAAAACACACAUUCACUCACACUGAAUGCACAUCAUUACAUAACAGUAUGCAAUAUGUAUUAAACAGAACAGAUUCUUUUUUACUCUGCCGUUAGAAACUGUAAUUAAUUUUGUCGGCAUACUGAUCUGUGGUGCAGUAUAGUUUAAAUAAAUGUGAGCAUUCUAGAAUGUAGAAUGGACUAGACACCUGUCUGAUUAUGUUUCCAGGUUGCACAGCUUUUGGUUGGAUGACACUGCAGGGCAAAAAGAGCAGUGGUACUGACCUGCACAGCAAGACUGCCUCCACUGUGGGAAUAAGUCGGGAGCAUGCAAAAGUAUUCAAUUAUGGUCGUAUUUAUGGUGCUGGGCAGGCUUUUGCAGAGCGCUUGUUAAUGCAGUUUAACCAUCGUCUUACUCAAGAACAGGCAGCAGAAAAAGCAAAGCAGAUGUAUGCAGUGACAAAAGGAAUACGAAGGUGAGUGUAGCAGGACCUCAUUCCUGGCUGUGCACAGUUUUUAUUUUAAUCGUAGGCUGUAUCACAGACUGAGCAGCAAAUUUAAUGGGUUAUUAAUAAUCCACUUUGUUAAAGAGGGUUGGAGAGGACUGGGAAACCUUAACAAAAUGAAUGCUUGUUCAUCUCAUGAAUCAUUAUUCAUCUUGAUAAUGUCAUUUUCAGAACACAAAAAAAGUAGAAGGUAGUAUUUGGAGAUAAAUCUAUUUGCUUUACCAAAGUUACUGUUGGAAAACCUUGUAAUUGACUAUAGCAGUUAUUGAAUGAUUUUGACCAAUACUUGGCAAUAAAGUAAUUAAAAACAAUGUUGGUAAUGUAGAUAUAAAGUCUAGAGUGUUGUUUUGUGGUCCGCUAUCACUCUAUUCCCGACACUAUCCACACAUGCUACGUCCACUUCUUCUCUACGUACUAUGCUUUUCACGUUACGUGGACUAAAGCUUACACAAAGAAAAACCACAGCUAUUUGCAGAGGUACAGCAAGAAGCUAAAAGUCCAACUUUAUGCCAUCCAACUAACAAUAAAAAAAAUCAAGUCUUACAGGACUGGGUGUCAUAUCGGGCAAAUCAGAGAUGCAAAAGAAAAAGAUUCCCUUUCCAUAUUUCAUUGCUCUGUUAAACAGCCCUGUGAGAAUCAUGAAAACACCCACCUUUAACACUGGCUGUAAUUAGUGAUUGUUAGAAAAAGAUAGAUGUUCCUGAUGGGAGCAUAAAUUUAUAAUUAAAAAACACACUUUAAAAACUAUUAAAAAGCCUGCUGCAAACAGUUUAGAAUGCUCAUGAACACAAGUUAAUUAAUAAUGGACUCUUGAUUAACAUUAAAACCCGUACUUGGCAGAUACAUGAGUUAUAUUAUGGGCAUUAUUACAUAACAGCAGUUCCCAACCAAGUCCUCAAGGAACAAAAAUCGUUCAAUAUUGUUUUCAAUAGGGAUCCUGACAAACAUGUUUUUCUUGAGGAACCACUGAUCUCGGGUAUCUGUUUUUAUUAAGCAUCGAAAUUUUACAUUAUAUCCAGGUACAUUCUGUCUGAAGAAGGAGAAUGGCUGGUGGAAGAGCUUGGAAUUAAAGUAGAGAGAGGAGAGGAUAAUUCUGUGAGCUUGCAGGAUGUGCGCAAAAUACAAAGAGAGGCAUCAAUGAAGUAAGAUGAGAAAAAGAUCUCCAAAGGAGAUGGUCUCCCUUUUUAUAAAGUGUGCUUUACUGAUAAAACAACAAAAAAAAGUUUUGUUUUUUUUUGUUUUCUGUUCCUGCCAAAACCGGUCCUGAGACAAAUGUCUAAAUAACCAAGUAACAUGCCUUGAUUAAUAUAUGACCUUUUCAGAAACGCUAGAUGCAUUUUCCAGAAGCAAAAAGCUUUUGGAUGUGAAGCAUGGAAUGUAAUUGAUUAUUUAAAGUACCACUACAAUUCGAAAACAUACUUUACUUUUUGUGUGCAUGUAAAAAUGUACUUUGCCACAAACUUUUGACUUUUCAAGUUACAACCCACUUUCUGUUCCAGCCCAGUUAACAUGUUUUCCCUUUCUUUCAUUUACUUAGAGCUUUUGCCCCAUAAGUAAUUUUUCAGUAACGUUUUCUCUAGUAAGAUUCUUAUGUUCGCAGUACAUAGAAAUUAGAGAUUUCUCCCCCACCCCCAAAUACACUAUUUUAGCCAUUAGAUGUCAGUUCCCUAGGCUUUGAUGUUUAGUAAGCAACCCUGUAUGUGAUCAAAUAUCCUAGCAGUGAGAAUCUGUGAAAGACAAGUCAGAGAAAAUAAAUAAUGUAGAAUUUCAAAAUACUUGCUAAUUCCAUAACAAGGAGAAUAAAAAAAAUUGAAAAACUUUUUCUAAUAUUUAUUUUAAUAUUCCUCUUUUAGCGAUGCAAACAUAUAACUUUUCUGAUGUUACCACUUGUUGUGUGAACAGGACACCAGGUUUAAGAAACUAAUGUAUGUUCGAAAAUAAAUAUUGCUGCAGGUCUAGAAGGAAGUGGGAUUUAGUAAAGCGGAAGAUAUGGACUGGGGGUACAGAAUCUGAAAUGUUUAACAAGCUGGAGAGCAUUGCUAUGAGUUCUUCCCCCAGGACACCUGUCCUUGGAUGCUAUAUAAGCAGAGCAUUGGAACCGUCUGCUGUAAAAGGAGAGGUAUGAUCAAUUCUGUGUGCCUUGCCUAAAGUAAUAAGGUAGAGACACUUUUUUACAAUUAAAUCUGUGUGCCACGUAAGCAAUUAGUAGUAUAGUUUUAUUUGUUUAAACUUAUUGCUAUCAGCUCAGGUUAAUACUUUUCUAAAUGUUAUUUUGGAUUCAUGGUGUAAAUUAGCCCAUCUCAUUUAUACGCACUCCUCAUUACACCUUUCAUUUCCCAUGCCAUUUACAUGUAGCAUUUGAAAAGGACCUCAGAUAAGUGCCUCUCCCUAGCUCCUUACAUUGGAGGUAUAUGAUGUAAUAAAAAAAAAUAAUAAUCUCUAGUUCGUAGUGCUGACUGGUAUUGGAAUUGGCACAGCUCCUUCUGGCUGUGCUUGUUCACUUCGCCUUCAGCUGCUUUUGCUAAAGAUAGUCCUUUUAGAUCACCCAAGCAGAAGAGUGGAAAUUGUGACAAAAGACUUCAGUAACAAAGAAAAUUGCACAUUUAAGUUAGUUCGUAUUUACUGUCUAUGGAAGGAGAACACACUACUUUUGCAGAUACAAACCUUUGUUUUUGUAUUCACUCAGUUUAUAACAAGCAGAGUGAACUGGGCCGUACAGAGCUCGGCUGUUGAUUACUUGCACUUGAUGCUGGUUGCCAUGAAGUGGCUUUUCGAGGAGUAUGACAUUGAUGGACGUUUCUGCAUCAGUAUCCAUGAUGAGGUGCGCUACUUGGUGCAGAGUGAAGACCGUUACCGAGGAGCAUUGGCUUUGCAGAUAACAAACCUUUUAACAAGGUAAAUGGUAAACAUGCACUUACACUGUACUCCGUAUAUCUUUUAAGAAGUCUCACUGAUCAUCAGCCAGUUUGUUAAAGCGCCACUAAAGGCACUGGCUCUGUAAUUUGACCCUGCAAUGUUAAACUUACAAGGUUAUUCACUAAAAGGAAAAUUCAAGUGAAUUUCCAGUUUAAGGUCAAAAUAGCUGAACUUGGGGGGAAAAAAAAAUAUCUAACUUCUGUUCUUCCAGUUCAGCUACUUUGACUUUGUUUGAAAUUAACUUUGAAUUCUCACUUGAGAGACUUAAACUGAUAGCGGUUUUGUAGAACUACUAUAGUUCCAUUGUAUGGUUUAUAAACCUCUAGUGAUAAUCUUCCUGGCAGCUGCUCCUGUUGGAGAAAGGGGUAAGUAAAACUCUGACACCUAAACUGUUACAGAAUACAAUAGCAUUAUGAAUGUUUGUAUUCCUAACGCUAUGGUAUUACUUUAACGUUGGAGUAUGUUUGAGGGUUAGUGUAUUAAAAAAAAAAAAAUUAUAAUUUUAAAAAUUGUUUAUAAUAAUAUUAAAACUUGUAUUUAACACCUAAAUGUUACUGUUAAAGGGAAUGCACUCUCUUAAUAUGAGAGUUUUGGUGUGUAGAUGUUGCCUCUUUACUUGGACAGUGUGAGACAUGUUUACAUUUGUCCAAGACAGCCAACUAUUGGCUCUUCAUCCCUAAGACUUUGCAAAAUCAAUGAUAUUUGUGUUCAGUAUCAGGAAACAGAAGCAUUGAAUUGGACAGAUUGCUAAUGUCUUGAAUGGAGCUGGAAUAAAUAUAGUUUUAUGGUCCACAAUGUCACUUAUGGUACAAAUAGUGUAUUCAAAAAGUAUUUACUAUAUGUGGGUAAUACGUCUAUUACAGAUAUUUACAUUACCGUGUUAAUUUUAGGAAGCCGCAUUCCCAAAAUACCAUAGUGCUCUUUAAAUAUCCAUAAGCAGAGUAUUUGUGACAUACCUGGAAUCCAGCAACAGGCAAAGCUUCCGGUGCUUAGUUCCAUGUCUCCAUCUGAGGUCACAUGGGCUUUGAACAGUCCCAUCACAAGCUUCUCAGAGAAGCCUGUGAUUGGAUUGUUUUGAUGGCUUUAAAAAAAAAAUAAAAAAAAAAAAAAGGGGGAGGGAAUGGCUAGCACAGCUUUUGCCAGUGCGCUAAAGACAGAUGCAAAGUAUGCAUAAAAUUGACAUUGGGCAGUCCGGAACAUUCUUCCAUGUGCUGGGGGUGCAACUAGCCCUAGCACACAAAUAACAGUAACUCACAUACAUACUUCUACUAACAUGGCCACUUCAAAUCACUAAAGUGGCCAUAGUGGUUGAAGUAAUGCGUUAACUCAUAGAUCAUUGAAUAUUCUGGUUUUCUGCAAUUUGGUGUGUUUUUGUGAUGCUCUUUAGUUCACCAAUUUAAUGCUUAGUGAAAAAACCUGUAUGGAAUUACAUAGAAACACUUGUUUGAUAUAAGUACAAUGGUCUUUGCACCAUUUUGAGAAGGUUGAUUUUUGUCUUACUUGCCUCAUGCUAGGUUUAUUCACAUUCCAUUCUACAAAGGACUUUUUCAUUUAGUCACCGUUCUGCCUUGUCAUUUCACAUGAAACAUCUGAAUAUUUCUACUUUUCCAGGUGUAUGUUUGCUUAUAAACUUGGCAUGCAGGAUUUGCCACAAUCUGUGGCUUUUUUCAGUGCGGUAGACAUUGAUCAGUGUUUGAGAAAGGAAGUCUCCAUGGAUUGUGUUACUCCUUCAAAUCCGAGUGGUAUUGAAAAGCGAUAUGGAAUUCCCCAAGGUAUGAGCAACUCCAUAGGACAGGGGCACUAUCCCCAUUCACACAAACACAGAAAACAUAAUUAUGUUUGUGGCUAAUUACAUUUAAUAUGAUCACACUAACCCACUCUAUUACCCAUCCCUCCUCCCCCAUAAGUACCCGUUGUGGGAGAAACUCAGACAUUCUAAGUGCACAGCCCUGGCCCCUAAUUUUAUGGGACUUAAAUAAUGCAAGGUGUGCCUUCUCACAAAUAUAUUAUAUUGCCUUAAGAUCCCUACAUCCAUAUCUAAUAUAAGACAUGGUGUGUGUGAAGACACCAAACAAAGUGCCCUUUACAGGGAGUGAAAAAUUUUUCAUACAUUUUAAAAGGUCAGGUAUACAAACACUGUACAACAUGCUAUACGUUGGCUUACUGUAAAUUUUUUUUAGAUGUGUUGUAUCUUUCUGAAAUAGUUCAAACUGUUUGUCAAAGCUAUGCUGAGAAAGGACAAAAUGACAUAGCAACAUUCUUAUCUAUUGUGAAGAUGUACACAUUUACAUUGCACUUUUUCAGAAUACACAUCUAUGGCUGUACAUCAUAAUCUACAGCUCUUAAUAGAAUACAUUCAAAUCAUAUUUAAAAAUAGCUUUUUUUUUUUGCAGGUGAAGCAUUGGAUAUCUAUAAGAUAAUUAAAAUAACCAAGGGUAUACUGUCAAAAGGGUAACAAAACAAGAUCUUGAAGUCUGGAUCAUUCUUGACUCCCAUGGAGUUGUCCAUCCAUCAAAACUGGUCAAAGCAUCUGUGUUAACAUUAGCUCAAGUAAUCCCUCCUACUUCACCUUUGUUCAGAAGUAAAAGAAUAUACAAAAUGAUUCAAUUCUAGAAUCCAUGUAAAUAACAUUUAUAACGUCAAAAAGUAUACACUUAGUGCUGUGGAAUUGGGUGGAUAUACUUUAAACUACUUCCUUUUUCUUCUCUUCUUUUUGGGUUCUUGACUUUCAACCUCCUCUGCUACAGACUAAAAAAAAAAAAAAAUUAGGUAUGACAGCCAGUAUUGUCUUACAUUAAUAUAUAGUGUAAAGUUAUGGGGCAAGAAGAAAGCACUACAUAGAUUAGAAUGACCAUGUGCAGUUUUGUGCCUGUUAAUUUCUGUACAUGUGUGAAUGUUCUGUUACAUCAUGCUGUAGUUCCACCAAUUUGCCUUUCAAUAAAAAUGAUACAUUGGAAAAUAUUUAAAAUAAAAAAAUAAGCAUCUAAAUUCUGCAAUAUUAUGGCAUGUAAUAUCUGCAUUUCGUGAAGCAAAUAAAAAAUACACCAGCUCUGAUCAAUUCUAUUAACUAUGGUAAAUGUGCACAAACUGCAGCAUCACUCAGGAUUUACAAAACAAUGUCCCGCUAACAUCUUGGCACAAAACAGCUCUUUGGGAUCUAAAUGAAAUAAAGCCACACAUUUAUAGGACUUCAUAAUAUGACUUUGGUUUUGUUUUAUAGAUUAAAAACUCAAACUAAAAUUAAGGUAGUACUGUUAGCUUGACUGUUGACAGUUCCUAUUGUUUGGUGGCAACGAGAUGGAAGAGAGAUAUUUACCAGAAGUUCUCCAUCCUCUAUUUUCUUGUUCUACUUAUCUGCCAAAUGAAUCCACCAUGUCCUGCUUUACGGGUGUAUAUUUAUACCUACAUUAGCAUACAAACUAUGGCAUGCAUUGCACAAACAGACGCCUGUCACUUGCAACAUGAAACACAUGGAAGCUUCAAUUUUUGCCAAAAAAAGUCAUAGUCCCUACGUUAUCUUCUGAUAUCUUUUAACUGCAAUGAAUUUCCAAUGCAUAUUCUGAGAUUUAUAUAUUUCUAAGAUUCCAAUUAAAAAAAAAAAAAAAAAACCUCGUGCAAGUAUGCAAUUUUUAUAUGAAAAUGGCAAAAAAUGAAUGCAUCAAGCAUUCCACACUUGCCUAUAGUUUAGGCCCAAACUAAAAUUAGCAGAAUGUUGCCAUGGGCAAGAAAUGAAGUGCCAUGUUUUGCAAGCUAUUGUGAAAUGUUGCAGAAACAAUCAUUUAGGACUGUGUAUAUGAGUUUUCUAUUUGCCUUGUGAUAUUUAAAUAUUACACAGUAUGAGUAUUAAAUAAAUACAGGCAAAGCCUGGAGAGAUCUCUAA